AUGACGACGAGGGGAGGCGCGGGCCGCUGGCGAGCCUCCUGGCAGUGCGUUGCGUCGCGCGCUGCGGACCGACCUGGACCACGGGCCAAGCAGAGCACGACGGCGCCGACGUCCACCACGCUGUCAAGAACCUGGACCACGGUCCAAGCACAGCUCGACACCGGGCGCGGCAAGGACGACCACAGUGAAGAGGCCCCGGCGGACCUGCACGGUGGUGGCCGGGUUCCCGAGCUCUCUCGGCGGGGCGGUGGUCCCAGGGCGGGGGAGCAGCAGGUGAAGAGGCGAGGGCAGGCCUAG